GUAAAAGUUAUUGUUGUAAAGUAAUUUCUGGUAUGAAAUAAUCACGUAUUUGCUAUCAUGUGUAUAGAUCUGAUUAUGGGGUGUCAAUAUAAAGUGACGGCCAUAUUUGCCGGUGCUACUCUGCUGUAGCCUAAACAAAAAGUGUUCGAGAGAGACAGAGGCGCUUCAGUGAAAUUCACGACGAUUUGUAUUUCUUUAAUUUAUUAUGUCUCUGGGAAUGUCUUACAAGCCCAACCUCCACCAGCAUGUUCCGGGAACUUCCACUAACCAAGUUGCUGUUCACUCACUUUCAACAAGCAUAUCCACACUACAAUCUUACAGGCCAGUAGUGAAUGAUUAUGGACCACCAUCAUUGGGCUUUUCACAGAGUUCAAGUGGAAGUCGAGUGCCUCAGAGUAAAUAUGCAGAACUGCUAGCCAUUAUUGAAGAGCUUGGGAAGGAGAUAAGACCAACUUAUGCAGGGAGUAAAAGUGCCAUGGAGAGACUAAAGCGAGGGAUAAUUCAUGCCAGGGGGCUUGUACGUGAAUGCCUGGCCGAAACCGAGAGAAAUGCAAGGUCCUAACAGGCAAUAGCAAAGUGUCCGGAUUUGACCAACUCUCCAGCCUGAAGUUCUACAAGACUAAAAAAAACUUUUUUGGACAAAUUAAAUUCUGUAUUUUUCUUUUUUUUUUUACUGAGAUGACACAUUUGGUUAUGACAAAAAGGCAUUACCUAUGAUGUGUACUUGACAGGAAUAUCCUGUAAUUGUGUUCCCACUGAGGAAUUGCUUGUUUGAAUAAAACAUGGAAACAGAAAAAAAUGCA